AUGAAAACCGUACUGAUUUUGUGCUUGGCCCUGUUCGGCUCGGCUUUGGCCAUGCGAAAGCAAGGAGUUGCUGUCAAAGGAAAAUUGACCUGCAACGGAGUACCAGAAGUUGGUACAAAGGUCAAGACCUGGGAUGUUGAUCGCAGUAAGUGUACCCUUUCUUUAAAAACCAAAAAAUAGCAAGAACUUUGUUUACAAAACAAGAAAUGGCAAGCUUUCUUUACAAAACAAGAAAUGGCAAGAACUUUGUUUACAAAACAAACAAUGGCAAGAACUUUGUUUAUAAAACAAAAAAAAGGCAAGAAUUUUCUUUACAAGGCUAAAAUUACCGAGUUUUAAAAAAAAUUUCUUAUAAAAUUUUUUAGACCCCGGAGACAGUGAUGACCAACUUGAUGCUGGAGUCACCGACAAGUCUGGCUUCUUCUCAUUGGACGGUACUACUCGUGAACUGACCACCAUCGAGCCUGAAUUGAGAGUUUACACUGACUGUAACGAUGGCCCAGCUGUAAGUUUCCUACCCUACUAUAAUCUGUCAUAUCCUACUCUAUCCUACCCUACCCUAUCCUACCCUAUCCUACCCUACCUUACCCUACCCUACCCUACCCUACCCUACCCUACCCUACCCUACCCUACCCUACCCUACCCUACCCUACCCUACCCUACCCUACCCUACCCUACCCUACCCUACCCUACCCUACCCUACCCCUACCCUACCCUACCUUACCUUACCCACCCUACCCUACUCUCCCCCCCACCCUACCCUAACUUACUUUACUUUACCUUACCCUACCCUAAAAUAUUUUUUUAAUUCCAGCCCUGCCGCCGUGUACUGAUCUUCCCAGUCCCAACCGAGUACAUUCAUUCUGGUACCGCCGAGAAGAUCUACGACUUCGGAACGAUUGAGUUGAAGGGAAAGACCGAAAACGAGCGUCGUACUUGUAAAGAAGACCAGUAA